AUGAACACAGAGGCGAUUCUGCAUAGUAACAACACAAGAGAUAUGCCUCUAGACAAGAAAGCUAAAGUUGUAACAAUUGCCAUACUUCUUGGAAAAACUGGUUCCUAUGUUUUAUACAGUCUUCUUUUAUUUGUUCCAUACUUGAUGUUUGCAGUAAUAGCAAUCAACUACUCAACUGCGUUCUGUCUCCCACUCUUAACCUUACCGAUUGCAUUCACCCUUGAAAAAGACUUUCGGAGAAACAUUUUGAAAAAUAUUCCACAAAGAACAUCAAAACUUAAUUUGUUGUUUGGAUUCCUCUAUGUCAUAAGUGUAAUGAUCACUGAACCUUUACCAGGAAUUGGAUAG